GUGGGAAUUUGUAAGAUGUGAAAAAGAUUGCUUGAGAAUUUCAAUUGUAAAUUCUAUAAUCCAAGAUGUAAAUAUAAGAACGUACAUGAAACAUGAUGCAGGCGGGAUCUAUUUAGUUUUAUAAAAUUUUGUUGAAAUUAUAGUUAAAGAAGGACUCCAUUAUUCCGUUACAUAAAAAUUGGGAGGGAAAGUAAGAUUCCAUCAACGAAUCGAAUCAAAUUUAUGAUAAAUUAUUAAUCUAGAAGACUUGCAUCACAACACGAACGACAGCGUUGAAUCUACGAAGAAGAGAAAUUCCAGUGAAGAAGUUUGGUCUCAGGAGAAUUUACUUUGGCUGGAUACUGAUUUUAGUGAUUUGUUCAAAACCUGGAAAAGUUGUUGAACUGAUUGUUUUGGUGGAUGACAAACAAAUUUCAUCGUGUUUGAAGUUUGAGGUUUUUAAUAGAAAAGAUGGAUGGGAUGCGGAGGAUACUGAUGGAGGUUCUGACAGAACCCCAAAGAGGCGGUGAAUCAGUGCUUGGGACUAUUAAGAUUGCUGUUUUACCAAUAGCAAAAGUUUUUACCAUGUGCUUUCUGGGAUUCCUCAUGGCCUCCAAGUAUGUUAACAUUUUGCCUGCCAAUGGAAGGAAGCUUUUAAAUGGGCUGGUUUUCUCGCUUUUGCUCCCAUGUUUGAUAUUCUCUCAACUUGGACAAGCAAUUACUUUUGAGAAAAUGCUUCAAUGGUGGUUUAUCCCUUUCAAUGUUGUUCUUGCCACCAUAUCAGGAUCCAUUAUAGGUCUCAUUGUUGCAUUGAUUGUCCAUCCUCCAUACCCAUUCUUCAAGUUUACCAUUAUACACAUUGGCAUUGGGAAUAUUGGAAAUGUACCACUUGUCUUGAUUGCUGCAUUAUGUGGGGAUAAAUCUAACCCUUUUGGGGACUCUGCAAAAUGUUCUCAAGAUGGAAAUGCCUACAUCUCAUUCGGCCAGUGGGUUGGUGCAAUUGUCCUAUACACCUAUGUAUUUAAUAUGCUUGCACCUCCUCCUGAAGGCACGUUUGAUGUUGAAGAAGAGAAUCUUCCCUUUAAGAAUCCUCCUAACAAAAGUUCCAGUAACCCUGCAAAGAAAAGUUCCUCUGAGCAAGUUCCACUGCUCACGGAAGAAGCUACACCAACGAAUUCAGGUGUAACAACGAAAGAGAAGAUUAAAGAUUUUCUGAAAUUUCUCUAUGAAAAAUUGAAGCUCAAGCAAAUCAUUCAACCUCCUAUUAUUGCUUCUAUCCUCGCUAUCUUUAUUGGAUGUGUUCCAUCUUUGAAGAAAUUAAUCUUCACGCCAGAUGCUCCACUCUACUUUUUUACUGAUAGCUGCUUGAUUCUUGGGGAAGCAAUGAUUCCGUGCAUAUUGUUGGCAUUAGGAGGCAACCUUGUGGAGGGACCAGGAAGUUCAAAACUAGGUGCACGGACAACAGCUGCCAUUAUAUUUGGGCGACUAGUAUUGGUUCCGCCAGUUGGUCUUGGCAUUGUCACACUGGCUGAUAAGCUUGGCUUCCUGCCCCCGAAUGAUAAAAUGUUCAGAUUUGUCCUCCUCCUCCAGCACACAAUGCCCACAUCUGUGCUAUCUGGAGCCGUAGCUAGUCUUAGAGGAUGCGGGAGGGAAGCAGCUGCAGUAUUGUUUUGGGUUCAUAUCUUCGCUGUUUUUUCAAUGGCUGGAUGGAUCAUUCUCUAUCUCAACAUACUAUUUUGAAGUAUAUAAUGGCACCCUGCCAUCGCAGCAUCUGCACUGGCGGCUGCAAUAUUUGGAUGGAUCGACAAUUUCGAAUUUGCUCGUCCAACCAAGAUAAUGUGAUGACAAGCUGUUCAAGACGAACUGGGUUUUCUCAGUUUCAUGCACAAAAUUCAAUAGUGAGUUGGGAGGCAUAGACCAUAAAUUUAGAUGUACAAUUCAUGAGAACCUGCAGAAUUCAUCUUUAAUAAUUUGUAUAUAAAGCUUCUUUAAUAUACAGAUAUCUCUGCUUCAUUA